AACCAUACCAGUUCUUGAAGAAUUCUAGAGUCAGCUGAUAUUCACUUUUUGGAUAAUACAGUUGAGAUACUGACACACAAAUCAACACUUGGGGUAUGAUUAAUAAAUAACUGAAAUAAGAUAGUAAAUACAGACACAUGAUGAUGGAUGUUAGUUAUAACUUGGCCAGAAUCUCUCUAAGUCUUGGCAUUUUGCUAAUUAUCACAAAUUCAGUGGCCUCUAAACCUUCUGGUAAAAGAAUGAAUUUGAAGGCACUUACAAUAAAAUACCAGCAGAUGGUCUGCCCAAAUGGAUUCAUACGUUAUGAGACAUCAUGUUACAAGUUUAGCACAAUGAAAGCGACAUGGGUCGAGGCCAACACAUAUUGCAGUGCCAUGAGAGCAAGUUUGGUCUCUAUAGAAACCCCACAUGAAAACAAAUUCCUCAUUGGACACAUCAAGCGUCAGUGGCCUACCCUUGGUCUGAGUUUCUGGACUGGGGGAAAUGAUCUUGCUAGUGAAGGGCAGUGGACGUGGGUUGCUAAUCUUAAACCAAUCAGAUUUGGUCAUUGGUAUGUGUCACAGCCAGACAAUGGAGGUAAAGGCAGUGAACAUUGCCUGGAGUUGGAGAAACAGUAUAUAUAUCACUGGAAUGAUCAGCCUUGUCAUCUCCUGAAUCAUUUCAUAUGUGAGAUUGACAAUCUGUACUACUGAAUGUAUGAGAGUGAAGCAAUAGACAAAGUAAAUCAAACUUCUUUUGAUCUUCUGAAUUGGAACUUCUGCAUGUAUUUUGUACACCUGGUUUUGAUAGAAUUUAUGCUGAAACCUCGUUACAAGACCUUCUUCCAAAAUCUUCAAAGACAUCAGUAUUUGGAGAUAGGAGACACUUGUAGCCUGAGACACCUAAACUCAGACACACAUUUAUUUAGAGGGAGACACAAGCAUUCAGAGGCCAAAAUAUUUCAGAAAUUAACAAUUCCUUACUUUUACUUGAAGGAGGCCUGAUUCCUGAUAAUCGAUUACUUUUCUUCGCACUUUGCUCUGCAGGCGUCUGAGGAAGUUUUGAUCUGGGGGUAGCAUGGGGUAGUCCACUUUUAGGAGCGGAAGGGGUAACAGGAACUGUUACAGGAGUGGAAUCUUCUAGAAUGUUUAACUGAAAUAGAGACAGAUGACUUUCACAACUUGAUAUUGCUAAUAGCGAUACUAAAAUAUUUUUUUAGUUUGUAGAAACUAAAUAUUUUAUGUACAAAUGGUAGUUUAUCAAAUAAUAAAUAAACUUGUGUCUUUUACAUGUAAAGUGACAAAUUAAAUGUACUAAACUGAAGGAACGUCAUUGAACAAUUUUAACAAGAACAAGAUUGAC